AGGAAUUCGGGGGUCGAGUUUGCAUUGAAAAGAAAAAUGUUACGUUUUGAAUUUUGUCGCAUAUUUUUUAUUCGUAGGAUAAAUAUUUAGAGGAUAGUUUUAUCAUUAUUUUUUUAUAAAUUUUUCCGACCUCAUUACAAUUACUCAGGCAUUAAUCCUCUGCGCUAGUUGCGUUAAAAAUUCUUCGAGUUAUAUUUUCAAAAUAAUCAUAUUCUGGAUUAAGUAUAUCCACGCUACAAUUUUAUAAUAAUCUAUUGAACAAAUUAUAAAACAGCUGGCAGUAUUAACAGCUCCUCUAUUUAAUAAUUAUAUAUACAUAUCCAAUACUAUAUUUCAAUUUUUCUUAUUGAUUAAGAAGAAUUAUGAACUGGUGACGAGUGAAAAUGGAAAUUCACAUUGAGAAAAAAAUUUUUGUCGUCAUCUUCUAUUGAAAAAAAAAAGAUUUUAUUCCAGAUGAAUCGAGUAUUCUAAUUUACUAUAUGAAAAACAAAAUUUACAAGUUAAUUAAUGAUUUACGUAAUUGAUAAAUAAAUUAUAUUUCAUAAAAAUCAAGAAUUUCAUUAGUAGUCAUGGGAAUAAGUGAAUGAUUUAAACUUCAUGAAAAGAACCGCCAAAACUUCUGCGCAGCUCUCACCAAUGACAGCCUUGACUACCAGAUGAUUUGACAACAAAUCGAGCCAAGAGCCCAAGAGGUCAUGUUCCAUUGUUUAUCACCGAUUCCUUCGUUUAAUUUAUUUGAUUUAUCGACUGGAGAAUGUCUGACACCCAGAGGAAUCCCUCCAUGGCAUCAUUGGACCAGAAAUCGAACGACAAUCCCGAAGAUCACGACGACAAUCAGACAGACUCUUCCCAGGCAUAUCAAAUUCGUCCUCAGCUCUCCGACAAGUUCAAGCCCCAGGUGGUGAAGGAAGUGAUUCAUGACAUUCUCCAUGAUUACCUGGCCACGAAGAGCUACACCGUGGACGAGGUCAACAAGUGGAGCAAGAGCAUUGCUGAUGCCAUCAGGAACAAAGUCAAAGAAUUGAACUAUCCACAGUACAGAUACGUGGUGAAUGUCGUUUUGGGUGAGCACAAGGGUGCAGGUGUGAAAAUGGGGACGAGAUGUAUCUGGGAUGCUGAGGCUGAUAGUUAUGCCCACGAAAGCUUCAAAAAUGACACGAUGUUCUGUGUUGCCUGUGUCUACGCUGUUUUUUAUUACUGAGAAAGUCUGACUUGUCGCAAGACUAUUUACCUCUUAUGAUGAGUGAUGAGAGCUCAGCCAAUUGUUCAACGACUGAGUGGAUUAAAAAAAAUUCUCAAACUCCUGGGGAUCAAAUUCUCCAAUUUCUUCACAAACUCAAUUCUCUACUUUUCGUACAAUUACAUUAUUUAUUUCUUAUAAAGUAUUUUUUUCGUUGACGUUCAUCACUUCUGUAUAAAAACGUUCUAGUAUUAAUUAAAGAAGUAAUUACGUGGGCUGCUGAGAUAAUGAGAUUGAUUCUUAUUUAUUGUUAUCGAUAAUUUAAGAGCAAUGUACAAAAAAAAAUAAGUUGAUCUGUUUUUGCAUGAAUUAAAAAUAUUCGAAGGA